UGGGACCAGUGGGACCAGUGGGACCAGUAGGACCAGAUCGACCAGUGGGACCAGUGGGACCAGUGGGACCAGUAGGACCAGAUCUGAUGGUCACAGAGAUCCCAGGACCAUGGGGAGGAGGAUCCCGGGACCAGUGGGACCAGUGGGACCAGAUCUGA